UUAGAGUAAGUUUGUUACAUUUUUAUAAAUUAUUUUAUUAAAUUUUUAGUUUUUAUUUUCUAUCUCCUUCUAUCGUAUCUUGACAUUAUCAUACUUCACAGUGAACAUUUGGACAAGAUCAAGCAUGAAAAUCCUAAUGGUAAUCACGAUGCAUUGCAUAGGCAAACUUUCCGUCCGUGGUUUCACAAGAAGGUAUAACGACAAAAUUGUUAAGUUUUAAUUCAAUCAUUUAUAUUCCUCUCAUAUUAAUACAUUUUAUGUAUUUAGAUAUAUGAGCUGCACAAGCUUGGAACUUUACAAAAUGGUGAUGAGUUACUCGCUCUCGCUUCCGGGUCCGAUUACUUAGCAACAUUUUACGAAGGUUGUGUAGUGAAUGGUGUUCGGUUUAUUGCAUCAAAGCGAGACCAAAAGCGGAAGACACAAAAUAGUGGUGUUACUGUUGCUGGAACAGAAGGGUUUAAUUAUUACGGCACACUUGAAGAUGUAAUCACUAUAUCUUAUACUGGUGCAUUUACAGUGUCAUUGUUUGAAUGUAAAUGGUAUAACACUAAUCCAUUAAGAAAGAAGACAAUCACUGAAAAUAAUAUAACUAGUAUAAAUACUCGUGGACAUUGGUAUCAAGAUGAACCGUACAUCCUUGCCAACCAGGCAAAGCAAGUUUUCUAUCUUGAAGAUCCACUCAGAGGUCGCGAUUGGAAGGUUGUUGAAGAUAUUAGCCAUCGACAAAUUUGGGACAUUACUGACAACGAAGAUGAGACUGAUGUAGAUGUUGUUAGUGAUUCUAACUCUGCCAAUUUUGUGUUGACAGUUGAUCUUGGAGAGUUGAUUAUGCAAUCGAAUGAACCUCCAGUAAUUGUUGAAUCGUCCGAUCAGUUAGUGGAUUCUGAGAUAGAGAAUAAUGAACUGGAUGAGAAUUAUGUUGCUGAAGAAGUAGAUGAUUUACUAGUUGAACAUGUAGAGGAUGAAAAUGUAAACUUAGUGAAUGAUGGAAAUGAUAGUGAUUCUUCAGUGUAACUUUUAUUUUGUAAACAUUCGUUACUAAAAUUUUUUACAAUUAAAGGAAUAUUUAAUUUCUUUCGUAUUGACAUUUUAAAUACUUAUAUUUCAAUUAUGUGUUUCACAUUUGUGAAUUCUUACGUUUUUUUCCGUCUUCAAAGUAAAGUAAAAUGUCAGCUACGUUAGCGACAUCCCACGGUGGGGAUGGUGAUGGCAGGGAUCCCCCUGAUCCUUCUAGGGUACCGUCGUCUUGCGAAGCAGUUCCACCUCCGGUCAGAAAGGUUCGUGGGGUUGCCGCAAACGCUAAUCUCGAAAAAAAAAGGAGAGAAGCUGGUAAGCCCUUACCGGUGGAGGUAGAUCUUGAAACCGGCAAAGUAGUUGGCACUGAAGCCAGCAAUUAUGUUCGAUUUCUUGGCCAACAAGUGAGCAUGUUGUGCCCGGGUGGUCAUCUAAAUUUUUCCGAUGUACCCCAACAAUACAAGGAUCAAGUGCUCAAUCGAAUCAGAUACUACUUUGAUAUCGAUGGGAAUCCCCACCGAGACCUACUUAUGGGGACUUUAUAUUCGGUGAUGGCGGAGCGGUAUAGUGAGCGAAAGACGCUCAGACACAAGCAUUUCAAACAACAUUACAAAAAACCAGAAGAUUGGGACACAGUUCUCAAAUUCCCCCCUGACUACUUGAAUACUGAGACUUGGAAACCGGUUUGCGAAUUGUUCGUUAGCGAGGCAUUUUUGAAUCGUUCAACUAAAAAUAAAUCGAAUCGGCAACUAAUGAAAUAUCCAACAACGCAAGGCACAAAAUCGUUGGCGUCCAUACGCCACGGAAUGGGGGGUACUCCUGGAGAGCAUGUAGUUGACGCAUGGAAGGAGAUCCAUGUGAAAAAACCGUCUGGAACUUUCGUUAAUGAAUUAGCUGCAAAAGAUUAUGAGGAACUGAUCAAGGAGCUUGAUAGGAAGCGACUUGAACGACAAUCCCGGAGCGAUGCGGGACCGAAUCCGAAUACGAUGCGGUUAUCGGUUUGA